AUGGAUGACUCUGUCGAUGACGCUCAUAGAGGGCUUAUCGCUCCUUUCAGCUUCAGCGAUAUACGUGGACCUGACGGUAAAGUGAUCUGGAAAUCCGCUGACUACGAUUUUCUCUCGGAGACGAACUGUCCCUCCACGGCAAACCCCAAACUCUGGAAGCAGGCCCAGUUGUGCGGCCUUCAGGGCAUUUUCAAAGUCAGCGAAGGUAUCUACCAGAUCAGGGGUCUGGACGUCUCCAACAUGACCUUGAUCGAAGGUGAACGAGGCGUAGUAGUCAUCGAUCCCCUCACCUCCGUUGAAUGUGCGAAAGCCGCCCUGCAGACUUAUCGAGAGCAGCGCGGACCACGAGCCGUGACCGGGCUGAUCUACACUCACCCUCAUGCGGAUCAUUUUGGAGGAGCGCGAGGUGUCCUGGAAGAUGAGCGGCCAGAGAUCCCCAUUCUUGCGCCCGCCGGCUUCAUGGAGCAUGCUGUGGAAGAGAAUGUCAUGGCGGGGCCAGCAAUGUCCCGACGGGCCGUCUACAUGUACGGCGACGGCUUAGAAGCAGGACCACGAGGGAAACUUGGAUGUGGACUCGGUAUUCAACCAGUUAUCGGAACCUCCUCGCUCGUCGCACCGACUCAAUAUGUGACUGCAACAGGCCAGAAAGAGACGAUAGAUGGAGUUGUGUUUAUCUUCCAACUCACACCGGGCACGGAGGCACCGGCCGAAAUGAAUUUCUAUCUCCCUGCGUCCCGUGCAUUGUGUAUGGCCGAGAAUGCCACUCACACUCUUCACAAUAUUCUUACUCUCCGAGGGGCAGUCGUGCGAGAUGCACAGGCCUGGUCUAAGUAUAUCGACGAGGCCAUUGUCCUCUUUGCUCAACAGUCUGACGUGGUGUUUGCAUCGCACCAUUGGCCUACAUGGGGUCAGACUGACAUUGCUCGGUUUCUGUCGGAGCAGAGAGAUCUGUAUGGAUACAUGCACGACCAAACCAUAAGGAUGAUGAACUGUGGACUGACGGGCGCGGAGAUCGCUGAGCAAUUCGAGCUGCCGCCUAGUCUGAGAGACGCGGGCCACGCACAGGGGUUUUACGGGUCGAUAAGCCACAACGUCAAAGCGAUUUACCAACGCCACAUGGGAUGGUACGAUGGAAAUCCCAGCCAUCUAUACGAACACCCUCCCGCGGCAGCUGCGCGCCGAUAUGUGGCUUGCAUGGGCGGCAUCGAUAACGUCGUCAAGCAGGCUCGGAACCUUACAGAGGCCGAAGGUGACUACCGAUUUGCCGCAACCCUACUUAAUCACGCGGUGUUUGCGGAUCCAGAUCACAAGGAGGCAAAAGAAUGUUUGGCGUCCGUCUACAAUCACCUUGCUUACGGGGCGGAGAAUGCGACAUGGCGGAACAGUUUCCUGAUGGCGGCCAAGGAGCUGCAAAAUCCGCCUUUGCCAUCACAGUUCUCGUCACACAACAGAUUGCCAGAGGCAUUGACGGUCGAUCAACUGCUAACCUCGCUCGCCGUUCAAGUUGACGGCCCAAAGGCACAGGCAGAAGUCUUGACAGUUGACCUGCGCAUUGAAGACGAAAGCCAAGAGCGCCGCCUCAUUCUCAGCAACGGCGUGCUCGUCCACAGAAAGUUACCGUACGAAGGAUGUACAAGAGAAUCGGCGGACGGAGAGGUCACGCUGAACAAGGAACAGUUGCUGGAGUUCGUAUUUCGUCGCAUCCCUCCUGGAUUGAAGAGCGAUGACUCUGCGCAAGUCAUGCGCGAGCUUGGUUCAGUCUUGGCGACGCCCACGCCUGCAUUCAAUAUUGUAACGCCAUAA